UUCGUUGCCCCGGUAACCCGGAAGCUUCACGCGCUCGGCGCUGCCGUGCCGGGAGUCCUUCCUGUUUAAGAAAUUUGAAGGAAGCAGCAGCAACAGGACAGUCGUUGAAUAAAUAUGGAUUCAUCUCAGUGAUCUGUGUGAGGAAAGGACCUAUGCGCUCUCACCUUUUUUCUGCCACAUCAGCCUUGUACAUACUGUGGAUCACCAUGGCCCAGGUCGCUGGCCAGGAGGACAAGGAGAAGACCACUGCGCUCAAAGACUUGCUAUCAAGAAUAGACUUAGAUGAACUCAUGAAGAAAGAUGAACCUCCUUUCACCUUCCCUAAAACACUAGAGGAGUUUGAAUAUGCCUUCAAUGAACAUGGCCAGCUCCGGCACAUAAAAACAGGUGAACCCUUUGUGUUCAAUGCCAGAGAAGAUCUGCACCGUUGGAACCAGAAACGCUACGAAGCUCUUGGAGAGAUCAUCACUCAGUACGUUUACGAGCUGUUGGAGAAAAAGUGCAGCUUGACUAAAGCGUUUCUACCGGUGGAUGCUGUAGACGAUGAACCCAGAAGUUUUAUCUACCUUAGCCCAGAUGCCUUGACUAACCCAAAUAAGCUGCUCGUGCUGAUCCAGGGCAGUGGUGUGGUGCGCGCUGGUCAGUGGGCCCGUAGACUAAUCAUUAACCAGGACCUGGACUCAGGAACUCAGAUCCCCUUCAUUACAAGGGCCAAGGAGGAGGGCUACGGUGUAAUGGUGCUCAACCCCAACGAGAACUACUUGGAGGUGGAGAAGCCACCAAAGAUGUCCCCCAUUAACUCUCCUGAGGAACCCUCAGAUGAACCCGCCGAGAAGAGGGAGCGCAAAGACGAACAGGAGAGGAAAAAGAAGAGGGAAUUUUAUGAGAAAUAUCGCAACCCCCAGAAAGAGACAGAGACCGAACGCAUACCUAUACGGGAAAACAGCUCCUCUGAAGAACAUGUGCUCUACGUGUGGGACCACUUUGUGUCCAAAGCCGCUGCCAAGAAUGUCUUCAUUAUCGCCCACAGCUACGGAGGCCUGUCUUUUGUUGAGUUGAUGAAUCUAAGGGAAAUGCAGGUGAAGAACAGAGUGUGCGCUGUGGCUCUCACUGACUCUGCACAUAACAUUUGGCAUCAGGAGACCACCAAAGGGACACAGGACUGGAUGCAGCAGUACUGUUGUAACUGGGUGUCGAGUCCCGAGCCGCUGGACACACAGCUUGAUCCCAUGCUGCCAGACUGCCCAAGAGUUUCCGCAGGCACUGAGAGGCAUGAGCUGACCUCCUGGAUGAGUUUCGAAUCCAUCUUCAGGUACUUCAGCGACGUCCUGAGGGCGAAGGAGGAGGAGGAAGCAGAGGAGAACUCCAACGCUGUCACCACGCGCAGCGGCUCCCUCAAAAACAAACACCAGGAUUUGUAGAGAGAGAGCGCGCCCGGCGCUGACGUGGACGAGCAGGAGAUUCUGGAAGGUUCCCCCGGAUACAGGAGUGCAGAAAUGUUCCCCUUUGCUCUAAUUUGCGUUCUUCUCUCCAUUCUCCCCGUGUAACCUUCCCUCUCCCCCCCCCAGCACCACCCCUGCUUGUUGUGUGAGACAAGAGUACGGGGGUCACCACGUAUACGCCACAAUAACGUUUUGCAUUACUUCUAGAUGAGCGCAACUGUCAAAGCAAUAUGGACCUGAGUGUUAGCGCUUCCCGUGGGCCGCGGCCGGGCUGCGGGUGCGGGCCGCAGCGGCAGAGAUUAAGGCUGACAGGCGCUGUGCACAAUGCGCCGUGGUGCACCUCUAAUUGUUCUGACAUCAGCCUGAAGUGAGCUAAUGCACCCCCCCAUCCUCCCGUCUGCACUGCUCAGUCUCUCUCUCCCCUCCUGUGUCUUCCUUCCUGCCCUGCUCCUACAGCCUGCACUCAUUUACCCUGCAAUCGGUUCGGGUGACGUGCUCUAAAGUUUACUAUCAUUUCAACUCUUGGUAACAUCUGAUCUUUUAGUUAGUUUUUUUUCCACAAUUUACCUUCUUAAAAGUUUUAAUAAGAGGAAAUUAUCUCUGAUGUCAAUUUCUUUAAAUAACUGUCUUUUUCUGUCUAUUUUUAGCUUUUAAACUUGACUUUUCGCAAUGAGUCUGCCAUGAUUUAUUUCAGAAUGCUACUCUUUUAAUGAGAUUAUUGUUUUUUUUUCCCCUCAGGUUUAAACUGAAUUUGUUCUUAAACAGCAAUAUCUCCCAUAGAUAAUGUAAUAAUUUACGAAACAAGCAGGUGUUUAUUUCUCAAAAGUUUCGUUUAUUUCUCUUUUUUUCCCCCUUGUUCUCCUCAUGUGAUAUCCCUAAAAUUGAUGUCUGUGAGAGAUCGAAUGUGAUGAAACAAAUAAAACAAACACAACCUGUGCUGAAUAUGAAGAAAAAGAGAAAUUCAGGACACCCAUCGUAUUUAAAAAUCACUUAAAGCCGGGCGUCAAAAUGGGGUUUGAGUGAUAUCUCAUUUUAACGGGAGCCAAAAGUCAGCCCACAACACUCAUAAAAGCCCAAUAUAUCGCCUUACACAUGUCAGGAAAUCCUAGACUUCAAUAUUAUUCUGAGCCAGAAUGAUAUUUCCUUAGAAGUUGGAGAAUUGUUACAUAUCUUCUCCUUCUGUUUUUUUUUUCUUCCCUUCCCACUCAAGUACUCUUUGAGCGUACUUAGACCUGUCAAAGUCAGCUUCCUGCUCAGCUCCCAUAAGCUGACUGUGUGACACAAACAUGUUAAAGAUUUUUUUUUUUUCAUAAAGCCGCUGUGUUUUAUAAACCACUCCAGGCUUAAUGGAAUACAUUUCUAAUGUGUCCUGACAGUAGUAAAAACUCAAACUUGAAACUCAAUCUUAUGAUACCUUAGUCGCAUUUUUAAGCAUAUUCUUUUUUCUUUUUUUUUACAGUAUUGUGAAACUUUCCCCACUGUGAAACCCUGCCUCUCCUGCUCCGUUUGUCUGUGCUUUAAGGCGUUUGUGGAUUAUCUUUCUGCUGUAAUGAGACAAGUGUGCCUGGUGGUUGCGAGCCUAAUUUCCUUUUAAUUUGAUUUAGAUCUCUCCAGGUUUCAGCUAAGAAGUUGGGCUUAUUAUUUGAUAUUUGACGGGUCUCAUUUCAAGAUACCACCGCUCGCCUUUGUGCUUUUCAGCUACGAUCAGUUAAUUUCUCACUCUGGAAUUUGUAUAUUGUUGCCUUAGGAGUAAACAACACUCUCCUCGCUGUGUGUGUUUUUUUUAAUAUCCUACAAGCCAUAUGUGAAAAGAACUAAAGAUCCAAAGCACAGUCUGCAAAUUAAUUGCUCUUGAAGAUUUUUAUUUUCUUUUUUUGCAGAUAGUUAUUUGUUAUAUUGGUUCUAAUUGUUUUAUCCUAAAGUCUCCAAGUGUAUGGCCAAGGCGUUGAUUUCUCUUUGUAUUCUAAUUUUUUUAUUUUUUUCCCCCCUCAGUCUGUGUUGAUUCAUGUUUAUGCAAAACUGUAAAAAUUGUUUUAACACCUCCGCAGAACAGUAAUCACAUUUGCUUUACAUGAUUUUAUUUUACCGUGAUUGAACCAUUAAAGCAAAAGGAAAUAAAAUGAACUAUGCAUCUUUA